AGUAAAACAACAAUUUUAUUCUAUUCUCUCCGAGUUAAAAUCCAAGAACCAACAGCAAGGAGAAUCUAAUUCUUCUUCUUUCUCCACACACACACACAGUCACCUGCAAGAGAGAGAAUUAGGUAAAGAAAGAUGAGCGAGGAGGCGAAGAAGCACAGCGCAGGUGGAGGAGCAGCUCUAAUGGCGAAAUCCCUCACUGAAGAUCGAAAACCACUUGUUACAUCUCCACUCUCUGCAUCCGCUUCUCCUGCAACACCCGCAACGAAGAAGGUCAUUAUCAAGAGUGCCGAUAUGCUCCCUGACAUGCAAAAGGAAGCCGUUGAUAUCGCUGUCGUUGCAUUUGAGAGGCACAACGUAGAGAAAGAUGUUGCAGAGACUAUAAAGAAGGAGUUUGACAAGAGGCAUGGUCCUACCUGGCAUUGUAUUGUUGGCCGCAAUUUCGGUUCCUAUGUGACUCAUGAAACAAACCACUUUGUUUAUUUCUAUUUGGAUCAGAAAGCAGUUUUGCUUUUCAAGUCUGGCUAGCCUUAUUCGGAUGGAGGCAAAAAUGUUGACAGCUAUGAGAAUUGUCUUGUGAUUAUGCUGCUAUAUUAGCUCUUGUAUGUAUUAAAUCCACUAGCACAAACUCUUUACAAGACAUUCUUGUGCUUGUAUAUCUAAUUUCAUGCAAACUGGGUUCUCAAGUUUGGAUAUGAAUCAAAUUGUCGAUGUUCUUUCUGUUUCCCUUUGUGUUCCAUUCCAUUCACAUGUAUUGGGAAUUCUUUUCUGUUACUUCUAUAGUUUUGUUUCCAUUCAACAUAAAUUA